GCUUUGACCUGUCACCUGCUGUUCCCUGCAUGCUUUUCUGCUCUUCCUUGCCUUGCCAGUGUGCUGCUCUACAGAGACCUGCCCUUUCCUCAAGUGCAGAAUCUACUUCCAUAGCUGUGUUCACUAGAAAAGUGAAAGCCAAGCAGAGAGCACACACAGUGUUCUGAGCCCCAUUUCACUGUGUUUCUCUGUCUUCUCUGCCCCCAGGCCCUGCAUCAUGGAUUCUGUUUCUGAAGCAAAUGGCACCUUUGCCUGCCAGGUUUUGAAGAUGCUGUGUCAAGACAGACCUUCACAAAAUGUGUUUUUUUCUCCCCUGAGCAUCUCCUCUGCCUUGGCCAUGGUCCUCCUGGGGGCAAAGGGCAACACCAAGUUCCAGAUGGCUCAGGCAAUGUCUUUAAACACAGAAGAAGACAUCCAUAAGAACUUCCAGAUGCUUCUCACCCAAGUGAACAAGCCUGGCUCAAAGUACUUGCUUACAACGGCCAACAGGCUCUUUGGAGAGAAGACCUGUGAUUUCCUCUCAACAUUUAAGGAGUCCUGUCUUCAGUUCUACCAUGCGGAGAUGGGGCUGCUGUCCUUUGCUGAAGCUACAGAGAAGUCCAGGGAGCAUAUAAACACCUGGGUCUCAAAAGAGACAAAAGGAAAAAUUCAAGUGUUGCUGCCACCUAACUCGAUUGAUGAGCAGGCCAGGCUGGUUCUUGUCAAUGCCAUCUACUUCAAAGGAACAUGGGACGAGCCAUUUGACAAAACAUGCACGCGUGAAAUGCCCUUUAAAAUAAACCAGAAGGAGGAAAAUCCAGUUCAGAUGAUGUGUCAGGAAGCCUAUUUUAACAUCGGCUACGUGAAUGAGGUGCACACACAGGUGUUGGAGCUGCCCUACGUCGGCAAGGAGCUGAGCAUGAUCAUUCUGCUCCCAGACGAUGGUGUGCUUCUCAGCUCGGUGGAAAAUAACCUGACUUUUGAGAAAUUCAUAGCCUGG